CCAAAAUAUAUCGGUGAUUGCAGACGAAUCGCGCUUCGCUCCGCGAGAAUGUACUUUAAUGUGUUGUCAAGACAACAUGCUAUUUUUAGCACUUUAAUCUGCACUUUGACAUAGAAUGGCAUGUAACGAGAUGUAAUGUGAGCGUUGGUUAAUGUAUGUCGGGAUUAAAAAACACAACGCCAACAGCAUAAAUUUCAAGCUACUACGUGUUCGUGGUUGACUAAACACAUGUGCAUUUUAAGUUUAACAUUAAGCCCACACCACGUGGUUUAACGACUGGAUGGUAGCAUAUGGUUGACUAACAUAAUGUGCGUUUAUAUGUGUGAUAUUAUAUUUUCAAAAGGACAGAAAUUUAAUUGAUUAUCGACCGUUGAUUGAAAACGUGGUCGUUUGUGACUACUUUACAGGGAUAUAAACGACGUGCACAGAUCAUGAUGCCUGUUGUAGUAAGAAAGGGCUCAGAUGUUCAUCCAUUCUAGCUCUGACAGACACCAGCUCUAAGCCCAUAUACAUGAUAUAGAUUCAAGGCAAAAAGUAGUGCACCCAGAAAUGAACAAUGAGCUCUUGUCAUCACUAUACUGUUCACAGAAUUUGGUGCAUAUUGGUAGUGGAGAGAGUCAUGAAGGUGUUUGCGAACAGUUUAAGGGAGAAAACUGGUGGGAAAUAAGAAGCGAGACAGCCGCCAGAGGUUCCCAGGAGAAAGUUCUCUCCCUUAUUUGAAUACAUCAGCUGUUUGGACAGUUGGGCACGACAGAUAUCAAGACCAUUUCAUUGGUGCUAAACCCUAAUCAACUAUGCUCACUUCAUGAAUCCAGCUCUGCAAAAGAAGCAAAUUUAAAAAUAAUAAUUUUUCCAAAAAAGUUCUAAAAUAUGGGUCAAAAUCAAUCACAAGGUCCGGACGGAUUUCCAAAUCAUUAUUUAAACUUGGAGCCUAACAGUCGCAUCAAGGAUGACAAACAUGGAGGCUGCUGUGAAAGUGACAAAAAGGAUGUAUUCAAGAAAACAAGUACCACCACACAAGAUAUGGAACAGUUUCGUUGUGUGAAAACUCGAAUUGAUAAAUUGAUAGAGGAUUGUUUGAUUUGUGAGAAUACUGUGGAAGACAAGUUGCCAAAAAAGGACAAAACUGAUAUAACAAUACAGGAUUUUAAAAGUGAACUGAAAGCUGAAAUUAAAAAAGAAAAAGUGGAGACACAUGAUAAUGAUUUAGAAAAGAGUGCCAAUGAAGAAAAAGAUGCCGCUGAAAAUAAAGAUGUUGGUGAUGAUAAUGCUUCUGCAGGAAAUAGUGAUGGAAAGGAUGGAAAAGGUGCAAAAAGUGAACAGAAAGAUAAAGGACCGUUGGAUCAAAUGAAGGUCUCUGAUAUUAUUUCAGAAAUGGUCAGCACAGAGUUUACUGCAUCCCAUAUGUAUCAGCUGCAGAAGAAGACGAUAACAACAUUUAAUACUUUUAUUGAUAAAGUGCUGGACUCAACAUUGCAGAAAGCAAUCAUACAAGAGGAGGUAAAAACGUCCGAGCCUAGUAUCAUUAAAUUGUGCACUCAGUCAAUGAUAUCAGGGGAUAAGGAAAGUGAAUCAAAUAUGAAGUUAAAAUCUGGGAACAAUGACAAACUAAGUGGCACUGGUGGAGUAAAUACUGUAAAUACUGAAAACAUGGUGAAAAAGACCAAAAUAACAUUGAAAGAUCAUAUUGAAAAACUGCUCGAAGAAAGUAUUCAAAAGGAGAUGUUUAGUGACAAUAAUAAAGAUGACAUUAUUUGGAAAGAAGGGACAGGCCACAAGUCGGAAACCUUCAAUGCUCAGGGUAUUCUCAAUGAUAUGAUACUGCAAGGGCUCAAGGGAGGGGCUUCUAAGGAAAGGCCCCAGAAUGAAACUGGGCCAAGAUUAAAUAUAGACAAUGUUAACAAAAAUCAGAGAUCUUUUAAACCUAUGGAAAAACUCGUUAGCACUCAUAUACCCUCGGGAUAUAAUGGUGUUGUGCCUGCCAAAGAUACUCAUUUAAAUGAAAAGGUACCUCAGAAAUUCGCAAAUUAUGACCCCCUGCAUGGCCCGCAUAAUCACCAUUCUGUUGACCAUGACAUUAGACAUGGUUAUAAAGACACUCGGUUUAUCGAUAAACGUGAAAUAAGGGACCAGAAUACCAUUCAUCAGCCGUAUACUCCUGCAUCUCGGCUCAUGUUGCCAAACCGCAGUGAACAUAUGGCGGGGAAGCUUGUCCCUCGACAUGCUGACCCGUCGUACAACCACCUUCACCCCUACACUGCCAAUGAAUAUUUCCGCGGAGGCUUUAUGAGCGUUGGUCGCCUUAGCCCAGGUCAUGCUUACAACAGCAGGGACGGCAAGCCCGUACAUCACCCCAGGGACUGCGGUUGCUCAAUCUGCCUGGGUAAUUCUCACCAAUCUCAUCUCGCCAGUAAACUGGAGCCUCACUUUGAGCCUUCUAUAGAGAAACACUCACCGAAUUUACCUCUACAUCUAGAGAAACACUCGCAAAAUGUAACUCCACAUCUAUCUUCAAUGGAGAAACAUUUGCAGAAUUUACCUCCACAUCUAUCACAUAUCUAUGGUCAGAUGAUGCCAGCCUCGGGUCAGGCCCAUGCCACACAUUCACCAAAGUACUCGCCUAAUCAGCCAGUGCCUAAACUUGUGCCACCACAUCCUUCCAAGGAGCACAUCAUGCAUCUGAUGCCACCAAGUGAUGGGUUGACUGCAGGAAUUCCUAACAAUCGCCGUGGUAGCUUCUCGGAGAGUUCUGUCGCAGUUCCCACUCCUGUAUAUUGUCGCAAUAACAGCGAUGAGACCAUUCAGCAUGAGGGUCGAUAUUACAAGACCCCACCCAUGGGUCCAGGGAAUAUCUCAGUACAUGCCCACCCAGUCAUGACCUCAGAAAGGCCAAGCCCAGGUCUCAAUGUUAAUUACUCUCCCAGACAGAAGGAGUUCAACAGAACGUUGAGUUCACAGUCUGGGGGCUCUGAUAAUUCAGACAGCCCUCUGGAUUUAAGUGUUAAGAGAUCAAGUCAGGAGCCUAUGAGAACCAGAUCAGCCAGUUACAGUGCACAUAUUCCAGGUCCCUCAAAACGGGGCAAUGGCCCCAAUGUUAACUCGUUCAUAAAACAUUUAGAGAACAGUGUAGAUAAAUACUGGCAGGAGAGUAACUCCCCUGAAAGUUCCCCACCGGGUAUAUCCCCGCAAUCUCAAAAGUACCUGCACCCGAAUGCUGAACACCGUGGUGCGUCACCGUCGUCAUUCUAUCAGAGCCAAAGCCCUAACAUGACCUCUCCCCAAGGGUCAGUCGUACCGCCCCAGCAGCGCUUCCCGUCCCCCCACUUUGCGGGCGGUAUCACCCUGGGCCAACCUCUCGUGAACUUGGAACGGGAACGCAAUACUCGCCCAACAGGAGAGGCAACUCAUAUUCCCAGUUUCCGAACGUCACCGUCAUCAUCUCAAGCAACAGGAAAUCAAUUGUCUGGAAAUAGUGGUUACAUGGAGGCUAGUCGUAGUGCAAGUAAUAAUGUUUCUAAACACGAGCCUAUUCAAAAUAUUAUUGGUCAACAUGAUCCGAAUGACAUUCUGUACCUGAUUUGUCGAUUGUGCUCUCAAACCUAUGGAAGUCCAUACGCUUUCAAAAAGCACUUCCGCAGCAAUCAUGGCUUUGAACCCCGAAAUGAACACACCAUAGUACAAACAAUAUCUGCCACUAAAACGGCCAUGCAUGUUCCUCUACGAACUGAGCUUCAGGAAGUAAAUUUUGUUCAACAGUCACAGGUUGAAAAGUGUCCAACCCCAAACGCGGAGGUUUGUAGAAAGUGGUAUGCUCAUAAUAAAGGUUCGCUCUCGCCUGAUGAAACAAAGAGUCAGGCGUCGAGUGAAGACGGAGAAACAAACUUUGUUCAAAAAUCAUCCACGUGUGACAAAAGUGAAACAAAGUGCUUGGAGUGUCCAGAAUGUGGCAAGACGUUCCAACUGAAUGACUUUGGUUCUUAUAAGCGCCAUUGUCGCCAGCAUGGCGGAACUAAACUGAAUGGCCCUUUCACGUGUAGUCAUUGUCAUUCACAUUUCUCUGAUCAAAAGCUGCUUAAAGAACACGAUAUGCUCCAUUUGAAAGAUGUCUCAGGGGAAAUGAAACAAAACUUUAGUUUGGGAGCAGACUCCAAAUUCAAUACAAAAAUAGAAUCUCCACAGACUGGCAGUCCAUGUUCAUUACCGUGUAAUAAUGUGAAAUUUGAAAACUAUGUAGCACAAUCGGAUCAUUCAUGUCCACCAGGGAGAACGAGUGAACUGGUGAAUUUAGGUAGAACAAAUAUAAGUUGUGAAAAUAUAAGCACAGAUAAAAUCAAGAGGGAGGGAACUCCAGCAACAAAAUCUCGUCAGUCACCAGAAAUAGGCACUAGUCAUUCGGGGGUCAUGAAGUCAGCUGCGGAGUCCAUGACCUCCCAGGUAUGUCCAGACAGCAGCUGGGACAAUGUUGUCAAGGGAGAUGCAACAUCAAACAAUCCCGAUGAUGCGUGCGCCGCCUCUGAAGAAUGCAGUUCUCCAAAAUCUGAGUCAGCACAGAAGGGGGAAGAAGUGUAUGACAGGAAAACAAAGGUUUCUGCUCAGAACUCAGAAUCCAGCGAUGGUAAUACUGAAGAUAGCCAGGAUUACUCAGGACUAUAUAAACACAAGAAAUUCUUCAGAAAACGAGACAGCUUAUCGAGUCAGGACGGUCCGGAGGCUAAGGUGUCCAGGCUGGAUAAUAAUGACUCAGAUUCAUCGUCUGUGAAAGCUCAAGUUCAUGUUUCAGGAAAAGUAGCAGGUGUUGUAAAUUCUGACUCGUGUGAUUCCUCUGGACUGUCCGAUAAUGGGACCACUACAAGCUCAGUAGUGGAUAAGACUAAACGAGCAUUCGGGAAAGUUGUGGAAGUGAAGGAAGAAAAAUCUCCAGUAGUAGAAACUAAGCUUGAAGCUCGACAUAACCUUCCAUUUGUAUGGGAUCGGCCUAUAAGAGCCCAGAACAAACAAUUGUUAUAAAUCAAGGGAGAUAAUGAGUUAGUUUAAAUAAAUAAUCAGCUGCAACAGUUACUGUUCUUGACUAGUGUAAUUAAGUAAUGAUUUAGAAUCGUAAAGAAUUGAUUAAGCUAUUAUAUUUGUUGGUAAUUGAUAAACUGAAAGUACCAAGUAUUUUGUUUUUCAUUACAUACUGAUAAAUCUUAUUUUUACCAUGUUCUUGCUUUCUGAUAAACAAAUAUCAUUAUCCAUUUCACAAAAUUAAUUUAAUUAUGUUGCUUCCAUGGUUCAGUCAGAAGGUGUAUCUGCAAAACAUUUCUAUAUUGGAUACAAUUGAAUAAUUGGAUAUAUCAUUAAACUAGAUUUAUUAUGUGAUUUCAUGGGUAAAAAAUGGGUAGGGUUAAAGUGCUGUUUAAGAUUGAAAAGUGAGCUACACAGCUCAUACUCAAUUGUUCCAAUAAAUGGAUUUGUAUUCUUCAAUACUUGUAUAAGACAAGCAGGUAACGAAAUUUCGCUCCUGAUCAUUAUACCUAGUAUAUCUGUGAUUUAGUAAUUGUGAAAAUUCAAGCAUUUUAUGAAUAAAAAUGAUAGUUGGAUGACUCUUGAAAUUGGUUAACAACACAAUAUAAUUGAUAAGCAAGACUUAAAAACUUAAUUCAGAGGUUCACUAGUCUGUCCUAAAAAUAGAUUGUUGUAGAUUGUGUGUAUGUAGUUAUACAAGUUAUUAUGUACAUGUAUCAGGUUUUGCCCUUGAAAAGGGUCAUGGGUCAGUGUAUGGCUUGGAAUUUAAUGUGCAAUGUUUACAUAUUAGCCUCGCUUUGGGAAAACCAGGAUUCGUGCAGCAUGUGGGUAAAGUGUUGUCACAGAUACGCCUUUGCAGUCUGCACAGGCUAAUCAGGUACAACACUUCUUGCCUAAACUUGAUUUUCAUUAAGAAUCAAGUUUCUUUCAACUAAAAAUUCCAUUAAAGUGGAAAAUGUCGUCCCAGAUUAACUUGUGCUUGCUGUACAGGCUAUUUUGGGGCACCACUUUUAGCACAUGCAUGAAGCCCCAUAUCCAAGAAUGUGGUUUAUAUUAAGUAAAAAGAAACAAAAUAAAUGGGACGAUGGCAGGGUGGCCAUAUCAGUUACUGUUGUUCUCAAUUGACUUGUUAUAUUAUUAUAUUUUGCUGUACCCUAAGAUAUUGCUCAAAGCGUUAAUAAUAUUCCAUUUUGUCUACUAAACUAGUGUUUGCAGAUACAUGUAUGUUUGUAAUAGUCAUCAUGUGAGAUUCACACAAAGACAGAGGGACUAUUUUGUCCUGAAAUGAUUUUCAGUUAUCUGUUAAUUUAAAUGUUAUGUUAUUUCUAUUAUAGAAAUUCCUUUUCCCUUUUACAACUUGAAUUAUUUUCCAGAAUGUUAAGAAACAUAUGGAGUUAAUGAAACAGAAUUAUAGAUGUAUUUUUAUGCUGCCUCAAAAUUUAUUUUGGGGGGAGUAUAUAGUCGCCGCUUCGUCCGUCGGUCCGUGUGUCCGUCCGUGCACAAUUUUUUGUCCGGGCUAUUUCUCAGCAACUAAUGACCGGAAUUCAAUGAAACUUUAUGGGGAAGCUUCACUACCAAGAGGAGAUGUGCUUAUUAUCAGAGGGUUCUGGUCGGAUGAUUUUUCACAGAGUUAUGGCCCUUUUAAAUUGUCCAUUAACUGUACAUAUAGUGCAAUUCUUGUCCGGGCUAUUUCUCAGCAACAAAUGACCAGAAUUCAAUGAAACUUUAUGGGAAGCUUCACUACCAAGAAGAGAUGUGCAUAUUAUCACAGGGUUUUUUCAGCACUGUCUGCGCCUCCGGAAUUUUUGUUGUUGUAAGAAUGAAGUGUCUUAUAACUUGUGUGACUAACCAGUGUUUGUUUUGGUAAAAAAUAUCUGCUAUAAGGUUUUGACUGUACAGUUCUUAUCUCAGAGUGUAACUGUAACUGAAAAACAAAACUGCAGUACUUGAAUAAACGUUGAACAUGCCCAAUAUUGCAUCUGUUUAUAUACAUGUAAAGAAGACAAAAUAACAAAUAAAAACAAAUUUAUUUGUUAAACCACUGAAUUAUUUAAGAAUGAUAAAUUCCCAAUUUUUUCCCAAAUGAGCCUUUUUAUUGAAGCAAAAAUUCCCAAAAUGGCCAAAUUUGUCGAUAAAAAAUUCCCAAUUUGGUCAGACUCUUUUUCCCAAAAUAGGCAGAAAAACCCCUGUAUCAGCGGUUUCUGCUCGGAUGAUUUUUCACAAAGUUAUGGUCCUUUGAAAUUUUUCAUUAACUGUACAUAUAGUGCAAUUCUUGUCUGGGCUAUUUCUCAGCAACUAAUGACCGAAAUUUAAUGAAACUUUAUGGCAAGCUUCACUACCAAGAGGAGAUGUGCAUAUUAUCAGCGGGUUCUGGUCGGAUGAUUUUUCACAGAGUUAUGGCCCUUUGAAAUUUUCUAUAACAAAUUUCUUGUUCCCCCAACUAAUGUGCUCUCAAGACGUUUUCUUUUAUCUGAAUAUAUAUUGCAAUAUUGUGACCAAAAAAAACUUUGGGGAGCAUCACCUGUCUCCGACAGUUUCUUGUUGUUGUUCAGAAGUACAUGUAUGUAUAAAUCUCUGUACAUCGUUACAGUGCUUACAAUCUUAGUUCAUUAUAAGACUGUAAACUAGUCUUCUUGCAGAAUUAACACCUCUUUUGCUGUAUCGUAAUUUUUU